CGUCAACAGAAGUGGUCCAAGGGCAAGGCCAAGGAGAAGGCCAACAACCAGGUCCUCUUCGAGCAGUCCACCUACGACAAGCUCCUCGCCGAGGUGCCCAAGUACAAGAUGAUCUCCAUCUCCAUCCUCACCGACCGCCUCCGCAUCACGUGCUCCCUCGCGCGCAAGGCCAUCGCCAUCCUCAUCGCGAAGGGCCUCAUCAAGCCGGUGACCCUGCACUCCAAGCAGCAGAUCUACACCCGCGCCACCAACGACACUGAGUAA